AUGCAUUGGAAUGAUUCAGCCGGUUCCUCAGAAAGUGACAAUGAAGCUCAUUCAGCGUUUACACAGACUGAGCACAACAUAGUUGCAGCUUACUUAAUAACAGCAGGAGUGAUAAGCAUUUUCAGUAACAUAGUUGUGUUAGGCAUCUUUGUUAAGUACAAAGAGCUUCGAACAGCAACCAAUGCAAUAAUUAUCAACUUGGCUUUUACUGACAUUGGUGUUAGUGGCAUUGGUUAUCCCAUGUCUGCUGCCUCUGACCUGCAUGGAAGCUGGAAAUUUGGAUAUACCGGAUGCCAGAUCUAUGCAGCCUUAAAUAUCUUUUUUGGGAUGGCAAGUAUUGGUUUGCUCACUGUUGUUGCAGUUGACCGUUACCUGACAAUCUGCAGGCCUGAUAUAGGAAGAAGAAUGACUGCUCGUAGCUAUGCUGCUCUAAUUCUUGCUGCUUGGAUAAAUGCAAUCUUCUGGGCUUCCAUGCCUACCUUAGGCUGGGCUAGCUAUGCUCCGGAUCCAACUGGUGCAACAUGCACAGUAAAUUGGAGGAAAAAUGAUGUGUCCUUUGUCUCCUACACAAUGAGUGUAAUUGCUGUUAAUUUUGUUGGACCCUUAACAGUAAUGUUUUACUGUUAUUACAAUGUUUCCCGGACAAUGAAACAAUAUGCCAGCAGUAACUGCCUGGAAAACAUCAACAUAGAUUGGUCUGACCAAGUAGAUGUGACAAAGAUGUCUGUUGUGAUGAUUGUAAUGUUCUUGGUGGCAUGGUCUCCAUAUUCUAUUGUAUGUCUAUGGUCUUCCUUUGGAGACCCAAAGAAAAUUUCUUCUGCAAUGGCCAUCAUAGCUCCUCUAUUCGCAAAAUCUUCCACAUUCUAUAAUCCCUGCAUUUAUGUUAUUGCAAACAAAAAGUUUCGGAGGGCAAUCCUGGCAAUGGUGCGAUGUCAGACAAGACAAGAGAUAACUAUAAACAAUGCCUUGCCUAUGAGCGUAUCUCAAAGUGCAUUGACAUCGUAG